GAAAAGCCGUUGCAGUUCUUCAUAGUGCCAUUGAAGUGAGUCAUCUCUAGGAAGUGUGGCGAAAAGGAAAAGAAAAAAAAAAGAAAGUUCGAACUGUUCCGUGAACAGCAGAGAGCGCCGAUAGAGCGUGUAAUAGGCAAGGCAAGGCGACGGAAAAUAUUCACAAGAUUAGCCAGGCAAUAGGCUCGAAAGCGAAUAUUAACCUGCGUGAGUCACUCUGUAUCUACAGGUUCACUUGUCUCAACUGGAUUUGACUGCUGAGGUUGCGCUACUGACUUUAGGUUGAAGUUUGCGCACCUGAGAGGAUCUACAGUAGUGUAGUAUCGGUCUACCUGCGGCUCAAGAAUAAUAAAAGCACAGUAGGAAAUAGGCUUUACAAGCAGGAAGCACACAAGAACAUAUUUAUUCUACCUGGCAAUAUCUGUAAGAUGUUUUAGGUUAGUUUUAGGUUAGUUUAGAGGAGCGUACUUGCACUUAGUCUUUGCCAACUCUUCUCUGGAUAUCCCAAAUUAACAACGUCUCGAGUCAGAGGAGGAUUUUUUUUUCUGUUGGUGCCUUUUUACAGCGAGGAUUAAAAAAAAAGGGGGGGGUUUAGACCUCAAACAGUCUACUGAAAUCUUCCCUGUUUCCUGGACCAUGUACCAGGACUACUCCGGGAACUACGACACCUCGUCCCGCGGAAGCAGCACCUCUCCGGCCCAGCCAGAGUCCUUCACAAGCGGCAGCAGCACGAUCGGAAGUCCGAUCUCUACCUCAAGCUACCAGAAGUACAGGGUCGACAUGCCCGGCUCCAACAGUGCCUUCAUCCCCACCAUCAAUGCAAUCACGACCAGCCAAGACCUACAGUGGAUGGUGCAGCCCACCGUCAUCACCUCCAUGUCCAACCCUUACUCACGUUCCCAUCCGUACGGCCAUCACAUGCCCAACGGCUCUGGGAUGCUGGGGCACAACACGCUGGCUCGGCCCGGGGUCAUCCGCUCCAUCGGGGACGCAAGGGGCCGACGCAAGAGAGAUGAACAGCUCACCCCGGAGGAAGAAGAGAAAAGGAGGGUGAGGCGUGAGAGAAAUAAGUUAGCCGCCGCCAAAUGCCGCAACCGCAGGCGAGAGCUCACCGACAUGCUGCAAGGGGAGACUGAAAAGCUGGAGGAGGAGAAAGCAGACUUGCAGAAGGAGAUCGAGAGCCUGCAGAAGGAGAAAGACAAGCUGGAGUUCAUGCUGGUUGCCCAUAAUCCGGUGUGCAAGCUCCCCAUCGACGAGCGCCACCAGUCAUCAGGGCACCAGCAGCACCACCACAACCACCAGCAGCAGCAGCAGCAGCAGCAGCAGCAGCAGCAGCAGCACGCCCCUCUCUCCCUGACCAUACGCUCCAACAUGGGCACCCGGGCUCAGAUGAACCACGUGGUAGUGAAGCAAGAGCCGGAGGACAACGAGGAUGUGGGCAAGCCCCAGCGCUCCGUCAUCAAGCCCAUCUGCCUGGGUGGCGGCGUUGUCAGUGGGGGGAUGUACUGCACAGAUGGAGACAGCCUGAACACACCGGUGGUGGGGGCAUCCACCCCGGCCGCCACGCCCAACGCACCAAGCCUCAUAUUCACCUACCCGAGCAUGCUGGAGCCCGAGAGCCCCUCGCCCUCAUCCGAGUCCUGUUCCAAGGCCCACCGGCGCAGCAGCAGCAGCGGGGACCAGUCCUCAGACUCCCUCAACUCGCCCACCCUCCUGGCCCUCUGAGCGAGGGAUCUGCUCGGUACAGCUGAGAAACAAACACUGUGGCUGACGGCGAGCAUGAGGAUCAACUGCGCGGCCCCUAUCCAGUGUCUUUGAAAGACCCCAAGAGCACAUUCAAAAGUCCAGACCAAGCUGACCAUGUGAGCCGUUUCCCCCCCUUUCGCAGGGGAGACCCACAAGGGCUAUGCCGUGUUUUUCUUCUUGUUCUGCUUCAGUGUAAAAAAAGAAAAGAAAUUAUUAUCUGUAAGAGUGUGUGUGCACCAGUCCUAAAAAAAAAUGUCAUCCCUUCACCAUUUCAACUCCCGAGUGUCAACUUGUUUACUGGGAAGACAAUUCUGAAGAAAAACAUGCCAAAAUCUGGCAGUUGUGAGUUGAUGUGACUACAACUAGAGAGCGUGUUCUUAAUAUAUUUUUUUGAAAAUGUUUAAAAAGCCAUGUGGCCGACACUUGCACUCCGCCAAGACGAAUCAAUAAAUCACUAAACGAGGUCAGCUUUCUACUGGAUUUUCUGAGGAGAGAAAGAGACUAUAAGCAAAGACUUCCUCUCAUCUCUUUUUCCAUUUAGAUUUGUCCUUUCCUAACUUGGACCUUGAUUCAGGAAUCGCUAAUAAGAGCGUGUACACAUUUCUGAUGCUAUUUCCAUCUCUUUAAUUGCAUUCAUGGCCUGUGCUGAUAAAAUUUUACAGUCUUUUGUUGAGACGUUGUCCUCUCCUUAAUCUGCUUGUAGAAAAGCAAAACGGUCCUCCACAUGGUGACCAAAGCACUGCUCAGUGUUGCAAAGGAUACAAGCCAACUUUCAAUCAAUGACUAGUUCCUCAAUACUCUAUACCUUCUAUUUUGCCAUAGUGGCUUGACUUUACAGUAGUAUUGAUGUGCUUUUCCUCAGUGAUUCUGUACCUGAACUUACAACCUGUUUAUGACAAAGUGUAUGUGAUUUACAUUGAUGUCAGGGAUAUCUCUCAUGUGUAGUAGAACCCCAUCGUGAAGAGCGUUGCACGACUGCAGGCUGUUGUAUAGUCUAGAAUAUGUGGAGGGAUGAUAAACUUGCUUUUUUAUUGUGUCACAUCAAAAAAGGUUUAUGUUUUCGCUCAGGCAACAUAAAAGUUUGAACAAAACCCUCCUCCACUGGAUUCUGACCUUCUUUCUGGCGCUUCUUACAUUCUCUAAAUAAAGGUCUUACCUUUUUUCAACACUGCAGGUCAGGUUUCAAAAGGCCAAAAAGGUUUGUUUGACACAUGCAAUCCUGUAAUUCGUCCGUCUUUUGUCUAAAAGGAGGGAUUUUGCGCAAAUUUGAAAAGAGCCACUGUGGUCUAGACUGUCGCCAGCUGCCAAUGAUGUCAACCCUGUUUAUACUGUGUUUGUAAAUCUGUCACUUUUAGUAAAGAAAUGAUGUUUAAAUUCAA